UGUUACAUCGGCCAUGUUCCCAUGUUCUUGCUGUUUCCGCAAAAGGGGGUGUUGAUGGAAACAUUUUUGUUUCUCCCUACUUUAGAAAGGAAUCAUGGGAGGCAACUUAGCGUGGUGAAUUGCGUGGUUGGCGUGCCAUGUGCGAUUUCACUCGUCCUCCUCCAGGGCAAGCCAAUUGGGUUCCUGACUCAAAUUUAUUAGUUGAUACUAAGGGUCGUCGCCAGUCGCGCAGGAUCAAGAACCUUAUGGAUGAAGCUGAAGUGAAAGAUCGUUCUCGUCGUAAGAAAGCUUGUAUUCUUUGCGGGGAGAACCAUUCCCGUAAAGAUUGCAGCAUGUACAAUGUAGGGCAAGAUGCCACAGGCGCUGAUGUUCGUCGCGUUCCAAAGGGGAAGUCGAAGAAGAAAAAUAAUCCUUAGUUCGCUAUUAUCCUUGGUGGACUCCCUACUUUGAAGAUCGUUAUCGUUCAAUUUAUGUUUAGUGCGUCUGUAAUUUUAAUUUGAACUUUCUUGCACUUUUAUUACCCGAAUCUAUUUGUAAUGGCCUUGUAAUUUUCAUUUUGAACUGCACUGCACUUUUAAUAUCGUCAUGUAUUUGUAUUGGAAUUGUAAUUUAAAUUUCGAACUGCACUGCACUUGUAAUAUCAUAAUAUAUGUGUCGUGGGCUUGUAAUUUUAAAUUGAAAUGUACUGAACUAUUCUUAUCUGUAUCUAUGUGUGCUGGUACUGUAAUUUUAAAUUGAAAUGGCAUGCAAAUUUGUUACUUGAAUUAUGUUGCAUACAUUUACUGUACUGUUACCACACGUGCAUUUACUAAUGUAGUUUUCGAUCUGCAGGUAUGGCUGAUCAAUAUGAUGGGCAGCUGAUAGACAAGGAGAUCGAUAGGAACCAUCGAUCGCGACGUCUUAGUACAGGAACUUUCUGCAAUGUGCUAAAGAUGCGAGGACCGGAUCAAUAUUGGCGUAUUGAUCCUCCUCGUUGGGUUCCAAGGUGUGUGAAAAUAUAUUGUUUUUACUAAUACAAGGUGUUUAUAUUUUCAUGUAUUAAUAACUUGCGCUCUGUCAUGUUGUAGGCUGAGAGCAGCUGGGUUGUUGACGUUUGCACGGUUGGUCGAGCCUUCACGUGCAAGGUCCGAACGAAUCCACAUUGACGCGGCGCUUCUGAGUGCUCUUGUGGAUAGAUGGAGGCCUGAGACCCACACUUUCCACCUCACAGUUGGAGAGAUGGUGCCCACUCUGCAGGAUGUGUCUUAUUUGUUGGGGCUGCCGAUAGCUGGGCCAGCAGUUGGCCCAACAAUGGUGAAUGCUGGAUGGGCGGAUGACCUUCUGGCCAGUUUUGGUGGUGUGCUACCUGUUGCACUGGAGGAUCUCACAGAUGGGCACGGGCCUACGAAAAGUUGGUUGAAUCAGUUUCGAUAGGAUGUCUUCCCUGAUGACCAGGAGGAGUGGAUCGUGCAGCGGCACUUAGUCGCUUACCUGUUGUGGUUGUUUGGAUGGGUGAUGUUCACGGGAACUCACGCUGACUCCGUGGACAAGCACUUCAUCCACUUUGCGGAGCAGAUUGCAGAGUUACCUAUCGCGGAGAUUCCACAGUACAGUUGGGGGUCGGCGGUACUUGCGGCGACAUAUGCCGGACUGUGUGAUGCUUGCGUGAGGAACAGCAAGCAAAGUUCACUCCCUGGAUGCCCAUUGCUACUUAUGUUGUGGGCGCACGAGCGCUUUGACAUUGGGAGGCCUCAGCUUGACUCGUACGCAAACUACGGUUUGCAAGAGAUGUACAGGUCUGGUGUUGAUGACAUCGACGAUCGUCCCACUAUGGGAUCCUUGUGGACACACCGUGAGCCGCAGUGGGUUAGCGGGACGACACGUCGUGUCUACACUCAGUUUGUAGCUGACUUUGAUCAGCUUACGCCUGACCGUGUUCGGUGGACUCCCUACACUCAGCACGAUGUCAAUGAUCGUGCACCGCACGGUCUCGCGGAUCUUUGCACGCGAGAUAUGCAACUCUGGAUGACGACUUGUCACCUCGUGGUGGACGUGCACGUCGAGCCACACAAUGUCCACAGGGUUCUCAAACAGUUGGGCAUGUAUCAGGACUUCCCUCCGAGAGAUGGUCGUCCUUUGGCUGAUAGUCUUCAUAGGUACUCCAGAAAGGGGCUCGGGCUUUCCUACGAGCUAGUUAUUGUGACCACGGUUCAGCCGACGGUACAAGAGUGGGAGCACGCAGCUAAUAACUUGGCACUUCAGACACCUCCAGACGAUGGGAGUUAUUAUGGAGCUUACCUUCGUUGGUACCGCAGUGUUACACAAUGGAGGUGUUUUCCUCCACAAGGAGAUAGCACCAUCCCCCACCAGGCAGCGAUUACUGACACGUUUGCCCCUCAGCCUAGAUCAGCUUACAACUCAAUGGCGGAAUUUGUUGAGCACGUUCACGUGGAGUCCGACACCCUGCUGCAAAGACUAGAGGCGAGACCUCCAGUCGUCAGGCCUGACGACGUGGCGAGCAUCCUUCGCAACUUCCGUGCACGUGCUGCCGCACUACUACGUCGUGUCUCCUGUCGGAGCGCGGCAGAUGUGGUGCAGACAUCGGGCCGACGGCCAUCACCACCACUACCCCGACGUUCCAGCGUGGAUCGGAGUGGUCCAUCCUCUUCACGUCGCGGGUACGAAGCGGCCCACACAUCUCACGGUCGUCCUUCCUUUCAGCACACCCCAGCACCGGAGUACACCAGGGGGUCAGCCGGAUCAGGGGUACCCACGUCGAGCACGGCACCACCACGUCCGCAGGUAUUCCAAACUCCGCCUUAUGUUCACCUCUCGCAGGGAGCAUCUGGGUCGGCACACUUCCCUUACAUGCCAACGGGGGACAACGUGUUGAACACACAAGCAUGGGGACUUCAUAUCACUCCGCGUGCGCCAGAGCAAGGCCACACACAGCACACAUGUAAGUCAUUUUAAACAAUAACACGCUUUAGUUUCUAAUUAUAUGUAUCAUUACUAACUACGCCAUAUUUUUUGGUUUCUCCCUCUUGUGCAAACAGACGAUGAGUACGGUUCGGCGUCGACGCAUCACGGAAUGCCUGCUUACUCCCCUCGCACAGCAUUCAUU